AAGGUAGCUGGUUCACGGGAGAGCGGGGCGGGGUAUUCAAAUACCCAAGACCUGAUGACUGUCCGAGAGGGUAGUCGGUGUGUUGUUGGGUUGCUUCAUGAAUAAACCAGUUUGUUCUUUUGGGAAUUGAUAGUACGCGUGGAUUUAGAGGAACUUGAGUUCACCGCGUUAUUAUGUUAUUGUGUCUAAACUUGGAUCCACGAACAGCCGGCCCGAUUACAUCCGGAGGAGACCCGGGAGUACCCGUCAAACAUCGCAAUUGAUCCACCGGUGGGUCGGACACUGUUCAUGUUUAUAGGUAUUAGAGCACAUACUGCCUGAACGAAGAAGAAAGAACCGCAGGAGCUGGCCCAGGUAUACUGGGGGGGACUGAACGCUUUGGUUGAAGAUGAAUAUACUAGGCCUAUUAUGGUUGGUGGGAUAUGCUGCCAUUGUCAAAGGUUUUGCUUACCCAACUGUAUAUGGAGAGGUUGGAGAGGAGGUGUUAUUUCCAUGCCCAUGUGACAAGGAGCGGCCUGUCAAGGUUUUAUACUUUCAAACUGACAAGGUUUUUAUCAAUGGAUGGCAUGCUACGAAAUCAAUCGAACCCAAUGUCCUGUUCAACACCAGUGUGAACAGGACAGAGAGGACCGUAAGCAUGUGGAAUCUGAAAGCUGGAGAUGAAGGGCUCUAUCAGUUUUUCAUCACCUAUUCCAAUGGAGAAACUAAGGAAUAUAAAAUUUUCCUCAACGUCUCAGAAAAAACUACCACCACCAGAUCAGGCGAACAACAGCCCAUCGUCAGCUCUGAAGCUGAACAAAGUCAUCGCCAUCAUUGGUACUUCCUUGUUGCUGGUUGCCUGUUUUGUAUUAUUAUUAUUAGUUAUUAUCAUACUAUUACUACUACAUGUUGUGGCAACCCGUCGACAGCACAGCGCCCCUGGAGCAAGCCCCUCGGGGGCCUCAGGUGCGGAGGGGCACCUGAUGACUCCACGCCAUCAGUGCUGAAGAUUCAUCCGGUGUUAACCAGUAUAGUUCGCAUAGUGUGCUCCCUCACCCCACCCACCCACAUUACUCUUUUUUCUCUCUCUCUCUCUCUCUCUCUCUCUCUCUCUCUCUCUCUCUCUCUCUCUCUCUCUCUCUCUCUCUCUCUCUCUCUCUCUCUCUCUCUCUCUCUCUCUCUCUCUCUCUCUCUCUCUCUCUCUCUCUCUCUCUCUCUCUCUCUCAUCUAUACAAAGGAGACGACUGUGGCUCUGGCUCUGGCCACAAGGACCCAGCAGCGAUGUGUACGGUACUCUGCUGUAGGCUACACUCAGCGGUGGAAGACCAUGCUGAACCAAUGGGGGAUCCCCAGAUCCAUCGUGGUGUGGUACUGCCCCGGCGUGGUACGGCCACGCCCCUGGUGGAAGAGAGCCACCAAUGAGCGCUUCAAGAAGAGAGCCUCUUCCACCUUCUGA